UACAACAGCAGCAGCAGCAGCAGAGCUUGACCCCACAAGGCAGCGGGAAGACGGUGCUGAGAUCUCUGCGGUCCUCUCUGAGCUCCAGCAUGAGAGCAAAGGUCAAGGCCUCUGUGCUCCAUCAAGGCGGCAUUGACCUCAAACGUAUCCGAGAAGCAGCACCGGGCGAGCGCCGCAUGUCCACAAGCUCUGACGUCUCUAUGGCGGACCACGUUUCCGAGUUUGACGAGCCCCAGACAAAGGUAUCUCGCCAGGUAUCUACGCCAAGGUCGUUCCCCGCGCACGUCGGCGACGGUGACGCUGUGUCUGCUGGGGGGUCAGAGGAAGCUCCUUCCUCGGCCUCAUCCUCCGACCGGAACACACAGACAACAAAGGCUGUCACUGUGUCCACCCCGACCAGGAGGAAGAUUGCCGAGGGCGUGGUGCUGAGGAAACAUAUGUCUGUGGCCUCAGCCAGCAGUCCCGGCACUCCCAGCAAGCCACAGGCCAAGAAUUCCCUGGUCAGCGCUACGGACUAUGAGAAGGACAAACAGGCAGAGUUUCAGCGCCGUGUCCUUGACCUGCUAGGAGACGAGCAAGCUGCCAACGCUGGCAAAGGAUCCGAGACUGUCUCUGUGAGUAGUGUACUACCGGGGCUUACCUCCACCUCCCUAUCCUCCUCCUCCUCGACCCCAGCGAGCUCAACAGCGACCUUCACCUUGUCUACAUCAUCAGUGUCGUCAGGGUCGGGCCAGGCGGCCACGUCUGCGGCCAUCAGCACCAGCCUGGACUGUCUGAACAAACUGGUGCAGUCGGCCAGCUCGUCGUCGCCUCCCACCACCGCGGCACCGCAGGGCCAGUCUGUCGCGGCACCCGUGUCGGCCACUUCCCCCUCCUCGGCCCUCACGUCGCCCACCAUCACGGUCGGCGGGCCGGUCACACUCACGCAGCUCCUGGCCUCGGAUGAUGCCUCCAAGACGUCCACUGUGAGCUCUCUGGCCGCUCAGACGACCUUGGCCUCUGGACUCACCUUCUCAGGAAAGCCGUUGAGCAGUCCGUCGUCAGCAGGGGUGGGUGUUGCAACGUCCAACAACGUGGCGACGACAUCAACAAUUCCCCCGGCUCAGAGCGUCGCCAGUGCUCUGGCGUCUUCCGCUGCUCCUCUGGCUGGGGGGUUCAUCUUCGGAUCACUGACCUCUGCACCUACAGCGUCUGGCAACAGCGGUCCACCCACCCUAGCCAGUGCUGCCAGUUCUACUACAGCGCAGAGUGACCCUGUGGGCGGUCGGGCGGGUGUCUCUCUUACGGCCGGCGGCUCUAACACAGGUAUGGCUGGGCAGGUCCCCCCGGCUGUGGUCAGCUUUGGUGCGGCCACUUCGCUCGGUGCUGCUUCUUCAACCCUGGCCAGCCCGGGGACGUUUUCCUUUGGUUCCACGACUCCUUCGUCAACAUUAUCAUCGUCUCAAUCCCAGCCUGUUGUCGGUGGCUUCAACUUCUCGGUGGGAGCUCCCGCGACUCUUUCCGCGGGCUCAUCAAGUACAUCGGCCGCGCAGCCGCCCGCUUACAACUUUGGGAACUCUGUCAGUUCGAGUUUGAGUUCUGCCGGUCAAGUCCUGGGUUCCCUCACGCAGCCAGCCUCCGCACUUUCAGGUCCGUCUGCGAGUAGAAUGCUGCAAAGCCCGCAGAACUUCUCUUUGGGCUCGACCGUCUCGACCGCUCUGUCUUCGGCCGCGCCAUCGCUGUCUUUUCCCGCUCCUCAAACAGUCUUGGCUACAACAAGUACCGCUCCGACUGGGCUGUCCGUGUUUGGGUCAGCCGGCAACACCACCGGCCUGGCAUCUGCUUUAUCAGCGACCGCCUCAAGUGUGGCGGGAUUUACUGGUUUUGGUGGGACACCCGUUUCCACGGCGAUGACACAGCCUCCAAGUUUUGCUGCCGUCUCGUCGACCGGGCCUGCCUCUGGCUUUUCCUUUACUUCAGCAGGUCCCACCACCAGUCCAGCCCCCACCGCCCCCACCAACACUUUGACCGGGUCCGGGGGUUUCAAUUUUGCCGCCAUGACCUCCAGCAGCCAAUCACAGCAGAGCCAGAGCUCGGCCGGCGCUGGCGCGGGAACGUUUGUGUUUGGCUCGCCCGCCGCGACGGGAGCAGGGGCUGGUAACUCUGUAUUUGGAGCCGGGGGAGCCAGGCCAGCAAGUACCACCAGCGGCCAGUCGCAAGCUUCCGUGUUUGGUGGCGUAGCCACCGUGGUGUCUAGUAGCAGCCAGCCUGCGGGGGUGAGUGGCGGAGCGUUUGUGUUCAGUCCUUCAACAGGGGCAGCGGCCAACAGUCGUCCAACCACGCAGUCUGGCUCUGGGGGCUUCGGCACUGCUUCAACCACGUCAGCGUCCGCCUCUUUUGCCUCUCCGGGCUCUCAGCAGCAGCAGCAGCCGCCGCCUAAUCCGUUUGGUGCCAGUAACGUGGCCGCAGCGUCAUCUGUUCCUGGUUCUUCUGUGUUUGGCGGACCGGCCCCAGGCUUCGGCGCGGCACCUCAAAGUUCACAACAACAGCAACAACAACAACUAGGUCAGACAAACCCAGCCCAGCCCGCCGUGUUUGCUUCGAACACAUCGGCCAACAACACGGCAGGGGGCUUUGCCUUUGGCCAGAUGGCCGCAGCCCCCGUAGCCCCACCCUCCACCUCCAAUACCCCCUUCGCCUUUGGUUCUACAGCCCCCACAGCCCCGCCCACCACCUCUAGUACCCCUUUCGCUUUUGGUUCCACAGCCCCUGCCUCCACCUCCAGUAGCCCCUUCGCCUUCGGUUCUGCUGCCCCUGCAGCCCCAUCCACCACCUCCAGUAGCCCCUUCACCUUCGGAUCUACAGCCCCCGCGGCCCCUUCUUCCACCUCUGGGAGCCCCUUUGCCUUCGGUUCUACAGCCCCCGCAGCUCCUACCUCCACCUCUAGCAGCCCCUUCGCCUUCGGCUCGACAGCCCCUGCAGCCAGUGGUACAAGUCUGUUUGGAGCGCCGGCCCCACAAGGGGCCAACAACCUGUUUGCCCCCGCGCCCGCUGCCACAUCGGCGCAGACAGCAGCCCUCGGUGGCUCAGCCGGUUCGGUGUUUGGCGGAGGGAGCGCCACGGCAUUUGGAGGGGCGACGUUGACCACGACUGCAUCUGUGUUUGGGGGAAGCGCUUCAGCCGCACCACCGGCCUUUGGGACCACCCAGAACAACCCGGCCGCUGCUGGGUUUGGAACCGUCGCGGCCAACCCAAACCAGAGCCAGCCCUUCUCCUUUGGCACGUCUGCCACGGCUACGGGCAAACCGGGGCCAGCAGGGUUCGGGGCCAGCCCGGCGGGCACAUUUGCCACGUCUUCUGCCUUCGGGGCUAAACCCACGGCGUCUGUGUUCGGAUCCAGCACCUCCAACCCGUCAGGCCCAGGGUUCGGUGCGACGAGCGCCAGCGCGAACGCCGGCUCAGCGUUUGGUGGCUUCUCUUCCAGCCCGGCAUUCGCGGCCAGUCCGCAGAAACCAUCGACGUUUGGCACCGCGGGUUUCGGUACCUCUCCCAGCCCGGCAUUUGGCGGCGCUCACAACAACAACGCCGCCGCCCCGUUUGGUGGUCCCACCUCCCCGAAUCAGCCCCCAGCCUUUGGCUCGCCGACGGUUACCGCGAAUCAAGGUAUGAAUCCAUCAGCUUUUGGGGGGAGCAGUGUGGCAGGUGCGUCGUUGUUCGGUGCUGCGAAACCUGGCGGGUUCGGUAGCCCGGCAAGCACCCAAGCCGCGCCAUUUAGCUUCUCUGGCAACUCUGCCGGCAGUGUUGGCCAGCCCCCACAGAACAACGCUUUUGGAGCUCAGCCUAAUAAUGCCGCCUCGUCUGGCUUCAACUUUGGCCAGGCGGCUGCCAGUCCUGGUGGUGGCGGAGGUGGUGGCUUCAACUUUGGCGCUGCGACCCAGCCGUCGGCCGGCCUUGGAGGAUUCAACUUCGCUGCCGCUGCGGGCUCAGGGGGGCCCAACUUUAACUUCAGUGCCACGCCCAGCAACCCCAACCUGGGCACACAGCAGGCGCCCGGCGCGGUGCAGAGACCCAGAGCGGCGGCCAGGCGGACCCAGCGGCGAGGGCCACGGCGAUGAGAUACACUAACACAUAUACACACACACGCACACACACACACACAUACACUCACACUCACACAAACUGAAAAGGGCACAUUGACGAAAUACCCACACAUAUAGAGACAUGUCGAUGAAACACACACAUAGAAUCUAUAUAUAUAUAUAUUGAUAAAAAUAUGUGUACACACACACACACAUAGAAGGCCUUAUCGAUGAAAUGAACACUUUUACGGGCCCCAUCAAUAGAAUAAACGCACACUCAAAUCGAUAAAACAUACACAUGUUAAUAAACUUCACAAAUAUAUACACACUUUGAUAAAAUACACCCAUACCAUACACACACAUCAAUAAAAUACAUAAAUCAGUUUUUUAAAAAAGAAAAAAGUACAGAUACACAGGUACCGGGGCACAUUGACGUUCAUAAUUUUGUGUUGUGAGGUUUUUUAUUAAGUUCUGUCACUGCCCUGAGAGAGUUGCAUGUUUGGUUUGGCUUUGUUGUACAUAAUUUAUGUGUUGUCCUCUGUAAGAACUACUUGGAAGUGCUCACAUUUUAUAUAAAACUCUGCAAUAAAUGUAGUUGCAAAGAAAGUUCAUGGAAUUUUAGUUCUAAUUAUUGGAUCAGUUUCUUGUUGGAAGUUUGUGUGAGGGAAAUUCCAGGUCUGAAAUCAGUUGAGCCCUCGGAACCCUAGGGAUUGUACAGUUGUGUUUGUUCCUACUAUAAUUGUAUGGCAGGUCUAGAGUUUCCCUAUACAUGUAUUUUUAUAGUAACUUAUCCUUUCCCCCACACCCCCCCAUAACUGAGAUAGGUCUUGAAACAUUGACUGUUAUUUGAAAUAAAACUCCUAUCAACAAU